AUGGAUACUGAGCUGGACCAAGUUCUCUGCACUGUGCUUUCUCUAGAAGAAGAUUAUCUAACAAUGUCUCCUCCCCUGAGGUUCCAGGACAACUUCACUAGCACUCCAUGCAUCUCUCCUGAUGAUUUCUUAGCUACACAAAUCCAGAAAGAUCUACAAGACUCCAUCACUCUACAACAAGAAAUGCUGGAAAUUUACACACUCUUCGUAAUCCAACAAGAAGCACAUAACAAAAACUCUAUAAUCCUUAAGGAACAUAAGUACAUAAUUAAUCAAAAUCCAUUAAAACGUAACUUGGAAGAAGUUGAGAAUGCAGGAUCCAAGCAACCCAGAGUCCAGAUUGAGGAUUUCCCGAACAGCAACACAAAUAAACGGUGCAUAAGGAGGACAAACUACACAAAUGAGCAGACUACCUUCCUGAUCAAUGAGUUUGCCCGUAACCCCUAUCCAAACUUUACAAAGAGAUGUCGUAUUGCCAAGAUAAUUGGGAUUUCAGAACCUAAAAUACAGGUUUGGUUCCAGAACCGAAGAGCAAGAUAUCUCCCAAAACAUAAGAACUCUCAGUACAUACAAGGUAGACACUUCUCAACUCCAGAAGAUCUUUCCAACAUUUUUCAGAAUGAAUAUCAGAAUCUACAAAUUAAUGGACAUUUCCAGAUUCCAGAAAACACGUGGAUGCUGUAA